CCCCUCCUCCAUCGUAGUCCACAAAUUCUCACGCUGAUUUCCUUCAAUUCAGUGGCCACUAUGGCGUGUUCGCAUCGGAAAUCGCCUGUUUCCUCCAAUAUCUGGCCGGCAGCGACUUCUGGUUCCUCUGCUAGCAACAUUUCUGAUUGCAGGCCCAUCGCCUUCUACUUCUCCGGCAACCUUGGUCCAAGCUCCUCCUCCUCUUCCGAUCACGGGUUCUACUUCUUCUCCUACUCUAGCGAACCCCCCAGCAAAGUCUACCUGGGCUGAUGUUGUUGUUGAUUCUGGAAAAGAGGUACAUACAUCUCUUACAUAGAGCUAUAUAUAUUGAUGAUGCUUUCUUAUUUCCUUGUAGGUUUUAACGGUGCACUCAUAAUAAUUGUUUGGAUCCAUGCUACCAAGUUCCCACAUUGUUGAUUUGACAGAUGAAAAAGAAAUUUUCAAUUCUAAAAUUGAUCUAUUUCAAUUUUUAAACUCGUGUAACAUGAAAUAUUAUCAAGUACUUAAUUUUGCAAGCCACUAGAUUGUUUCAUUUUAUUUUCUUGAUGCAUUUAUUUUAUUGUAUAAAAGAGAGCCUCAUAUUCAGAUUACUGUAUCAAGUGCCACUUCCCAAGCUAUGCAUUGUCAUACUUUUGACAGUACAUUGGCAAGUAUUUCUUCGUCAGUGUGAUAUAUGCAAACUCAUACCAUCAGAAUGUUAGGCAAAAACUAUGGAAAGAACUGGUUCUUAUCAAUAAAGCUCUCCCUCAAGUGCUGUGGCUGGUGGGGAUAGGUUUUAAUGAGAUUUGGUCAAUAGAUGAGAGGUCAGACUGGCGGCAAUCACUCACUCUUGCAAAGAGCUCUGAAUUUUUCCAAAACCAACUCAAUGAAGCAGAGCUGCAUGA